AUGCUCUAUCGACUGCAGUUUGUGAUAAAUAGGUCACGUAUAGGUAGAUUCAACAGGAGUUACUCGGCUUCGGGGUUUCGUCCUUUUUACGAUUCUAGACAGCGUAAAACAUCCUUGGACAGAAAUACCGUCGGAAAACAAACUUUAUUAGAAAAGAACAUUAUGAACGAAUCAUACAUUGCAGUUGCAACAGAAAGAGGUGUUAUAGAAUCUCCGUCUCUAAGCUAUUUAAAAAUAAAACCCAACCCUUCUUCCUCGACCACCAAUUCCACUGAUGCCAACAUCGUAAAACCAAAACAAUAUUUCCAAGGGAGGGAAUUGCCCUCCUUUCUGAUUUCCCUAACCUCGAAAGAAGGGAAAGAGCUUAUUAAAGAAUCAUUAAACCAAGGAUAUGCUGAAGGGUUCUUUGACCUCUCUUCAUGUUUUUCUCAUCAAAUGGAACCAGCUUACUGUGCAUUGAGUUCAUUGGCCAUCGUGCUUAAUGCUUUACAAGUACAAGGAGCCCCGGUGUGGAAAGGUCCCUGGCGCUGGUGGUAUGAUGAAUUAUUGAAUUGUUGCCAGGAUAUCGAGAAGGUCAAACAAUCAGGAACAACAUUUUCUCAGUUUACAUGUUUGGCUAAAUGUCAUUGCGAAGUGCACGCCAAGCGCGCAGAUCAAGUAACGAAAGAAGAAUUUGUGAAUGAUCUGAAAUAUGUCAAUUCGACGCCAGGAGUGUAUAUGGUUAUUUCUUUUUCAAGAGCAACACUUAGUCAGACUGGAGACGGACACUUCUCACCAAUAGGAGCAUAUCUUCCGGAAAAGAAUAUGGCACUAGUGUUGGAUACAGCUCGAUUCAAAUAUCCAUCUUAUUUUGCAUCAGUUGACCUUUUAUACGAAUCAAUGUUUCCAAUUGACAAAGUCACUCAACAACCGCGCGGAUACUUUCUUCUCUCUCAACCAUCCGACAGUCGUAAAGAUCUUAUGUGCAACAUGGAUUGCGACGCGUCUGCUUUACAAACUAGCUGGAGCGCAUUAGAAAAGGCUUUGUGUGAAAAUAUACCAAAAAGAAUUUUGGAUGAAAAGCCCCAAUCUAUGGAAGAAUUAGCUACUGUUGUGAUGAAUAGUCCAUUCAUAACAUCACUGCAACAUGCUAUAGAUAUGGAUUGUGGGAACGGGAUCGGUGAAACGGAAAGAGUUAGCAGAGAACAAUAUAUUAAUGCAAUAAUAAAAGAAACGACGUUAUCACCAAUCUACCCGGCCAUCCAGAAGGCAUUGCAGGAGGUGCCUCAGGAACAACACAGAAAGUUUUCCGACUAUGAAGUAGCUUUUGCAACGCUCUUUCUACUUGCUAUACCGUCAUCAUUAUACAAGAACGUUCAGCCGGAACUGUUGGCUAAAUUUGACGCAUAUCGCGAUCGAACGCAGAUGUCGCCUGUGUUGAGGAAAGAGGUUGAGCGAAUGGGUGAAGAAAUUAAAGAACUGGUGGUGAACUUUUGCACCUGUGGAGUUGCAGAAAAGAUUCUGAAGAAGUAA